CAUUGUGGGAUACCGAGCGAUUCACAAUGGCGGCGAAACCGAAGAAGUUUAAAUUUUUGUGUCUAAGUUGGAUCCAAAUAACAGUUCUGUCAUUAAACACGUUUAUUAAGGCCACUGACUUGACGUGGGAUGAAAAUGGAUAUAUUCUUUAUUGUCCCUGCAUGGGUCGGUUUGGAAACCAGGCGGAUCAUUUUCUUGGCUCACUGGCUUUUGCCAAAAUGCUGAACCGGACAUUAGCAGUUCCGCCGUGGAUCGUUUAUCGGCAUCACGCGCCCCCGUACACUAACGUGCAUGUUCCAUACAGUGAAUAUUUCCAGCUACAGCCUCUGAAGCAGUACCACCGUGUGGUGAGUCUGGAAUAUUUCAUGGACCAUCUGGCUCCUACACACUGGCCACCAGGCCAGAGAGUUGCUUACUGCUUCGAGUCAGCCAUCCAGCGGAGUCCAGAUAAGAAGAGCUGCCCUAUGAAGGAAGGGAAUCCAUUUGGUCCGUUCUGGGACCACCUUGGUGUCGAGUUUGACCGUUCUGUCCCGUUUGGCGGCCUGUAUUUCAGCUCCUACUACAUUCCACAUUGGAUUAAAAGGUUUUCCCCGGAGGAGCACCCGGUGCUGGCUCUUCCUGGAGCUCCAGCUCAGUUCCCCGUGAUGCAGGAGCAUGUGGGCCUGCAGCGCUAUGUUGUGUGGGCUGAGACGCUGGUGCAGGAUGGAGAGAAGCACAUCAACACUCUGCUCUCCAGACCAUAUGUGGGGAUUCACCUACGCAUUGGAUCAGACUGGAAAAAUGCCUGCAAGCUGCUGGAGUCAGGUGAAGCCGGUCCCCACUUUAUGGCCUCGCCACAGUGUGUGGGAUACGACAGACAGACGGCGGUCCCACUCACCUUGACCAUGUGUCUGCCUGACCUGAAAGAAAUCCUGCGUGCCGUCGAGCUCUGGGUGAAAAAAGUCAAAGCUCGGUCCGUCUACAUUGCCACUGACUCGGAGUCUCACAGCUCUGAUAUUGAGAAACUCUUCAAAGGAAAGGUUAAGGUGGUCAGUGUUCAACCAGACGUGGCUCAGCUGGACCUGUACAUUUUGGGCCAAGCCGAUCAUUUUAUAGGCAACUGUGUCUCGUCGUUCUCGGCCUUCGUUAAGCGGGAAAGAGAUAUCCAUGGCAGGCCCUCUUCCUUCUUUGGCAUGGACUACCCUGUCAAACAGGAAAAAAAAGAUGAACUGUAGAAGCCAUCUUGCACUGACGUGUUCAUAACUGUGAAAGCUUACUGUUCUUUAGUGAUCUCAGGUGAAUCAUUUACAGAAGUGUUUUGGGAAUUUUUUGGUACAGUGUAGGAGGCAGAUGUAUUUUUCAGAUGAAAACAUUCCAAAUUUGGAUAUAUCUGUAUUGAAAAACAGUACACGUAUAUACUGUAUAGUAUUCACAGGAUGCUGCCUUUUCAUGUUAAUGUAGCUGUUUAGAUGCUGAAACAAUGCAUGUAUGCCGUGUUCAUAUAAACAGUAAAAUACAAUAGGAUAAAGAGCUUUAUGUACUAGAAGCUAGCUGACAUUUGGUGUGUAAUAGUUUCGUCUUAUUGGAAAGCGAUCCCCCCCCUCAGGGGCAGUAAAUGAUCCUCUGGAUGCUAAUUAUAGUGGAGUGAGGAGCCCAAAUUAGUCAGUUGGUUUGUACUUAAUCACGAGCCUACACGCUACAAGAAAGGGAUGUGGAUCAUAUACACACUAGAUGUAUACAUUUUAUAAAACUGUCGGAGAAUAAAAUGUACUUUUUAUUUGAA